CGCCCGACCCCGGCGGCGGCGGCCCCGGCGACCGUUGGGCGCGGGAGCGAGCGGGCGGCCCGGGUGUUGCGUCAGGCGCCCUCUGAACCCGGCUCCCUGGACGCUGGAGACAUGCCUGGGGCCCUGGCCGCGCGCCACCAUGUAUAGAGCGGGGGAGGCCGGGAAGCGGCCCCCUCGGGUGCGCAGCGUGGAAGUUGCCCGAGGCCGAGCCGGCUACGGCUUCACCCUCUCCGGCCAGGCGCCGUGCGUGCUGAGCUGCGUGGUCCGAGGGAGCCCCGCCGACUGUGUCGGCCUCCGCCCCGGGGACCAGAUCCUGGCCGUCAACGAGACCAGCGUGCGGAAGGCUUCCCACGAGGACGUGGUGAAGCUGAUCGGCCAGUGCUCCGGUGUGCUGCACAUGGUGGUCGGGGAGGGCGCCGGCCGCGCCGACUCCUGCUCCAGCGACGACGAGGGCGGCCUCCACGACGGGAAGGGCUGGUGGAAGCCCCGGCUGGACUCCAAAGCCCUGGGCAUCAACCGCGCCGAGAGGGUGGUGGAGGAGGUGCAGUCGGGGGGCAUUUUCAGCAUGAUCUUCGAGAGCCCGGGCCUCUGCGGCGGCAGCUCGGAGCCCUCGGCGCUCACGCACAGGUCCCUCUCGGAGUCGGCAGCUCCCGGCAACCCGGGCCCCAGCACGCCGUCCCGGGAGGAGGCACCCAGGGCCGUCCACGAUGACCCGGCGUUCGGCCCCGGCGACUGCGGCUUAGACGCGAGCAUCUUGAACGUCGCCAUGGUCGUGGGCUACCUGGGCUCUAUCGAGCUCCCGUCCACCAGCUCCAACCUGGAGUGCGACAGCUGGCAGGCCAUCCGGGGCUGCAUGCGGCGGCUGCGGGCGGAGCACAAGGUCCACGCGCUCGUGUCCAUGAGGAUCCUGCACGACCGUGUGCAGCUGUGUGCCGACAAGGCCGGCGUGGUGGCCGAGUACCCGGCCGAGAAGCUGGCCUUCAGCGCCGUGUGCCCCGACGACAGGCGCUUCUUCGGGCUGGUGACCAUGCAGGGCAGCGCGGGUGGGGGCCUGGCGCAGGAGGAGGAGGGCGCCCUGCGCACGUCCUGCCACGUGUUCAUGGUGGACCCCGAGCUCUUCCAGCACAGGGCGCACCAGGGCAUCGCGCGGCGCUUCGGCUUUGCGUGCACGGCCGACCCCGACACGAGCGGCUGCCUGGAGUUCCCAGCGUCCUCGCUGCCCGUCCUGCAGUUCGUGUCAGUCCUGUACCGGGACAUGGGCGAGCUGAUCGAGGGCGUGCGGGCCCGCGCCUUCCUGGACGGCGACGCCGACGCCCACCAGAGCAACAGCACUGGCAGCAACAGCGACAGUGGCAUCGGGAACUUCACCCAAGAGGAGAAGAGCAACCGGGUGCUGGUGGUGGACCUGGGCGCGAGCUCCAGCAGGCACGGCCCAGGGGCCGGCAGUGCCGGCUGGGAGGCGGCCGGUGGAAGGCUCUCGCAGUCCUGGGGUGGCCCCUGGAACGGGGGCUUCUGCCAUGACGCCGAGGGGAGCGCCCCCUUCGAAGCCACCCCCCAGGCAGACAGGCCCCGGGACUUGGGCAAGCACCUGGGACCCCCCUGCCACGGGGAGGCUCCCCCCGCCGCCUCCCGGAGCUCAGUGCCUCCCUCCAGGCGGGGCGCCAGCCAGCGGUGGCUGCCGGUACACGUGCUGCAGGACUGGCAGUGCGGGCACGCCAGCGACCAGGAGUCCUACACGGACUCCACCGACGGCUGGUCCAGCGUCAACUGCGGCACGCUGCCCCCUCCCAUGAGCAAGAUCCCCGCGGACCGCUACCGCGUGGACGGCAGCUUCCCACAGCCCCCGCUGGGCGCCCAGAGCGCCGACUGGCCCAGGAAGGCUCUGGGCGUGCAGAGCCUCUUCAGUCCCCAUCGGAGCAUCAGGAAGAGCAAAGACGACAAGAAGGGCUCGAAAUGCGGGCGAGGAGCGGGCCCGGCACAGACCGCGCAGCGCCCGGCGGCCCGGAGGUCGGCGGCGAGGUCCAAGAGGUUCAGCGCCACACGCUCCCUGGACGACCUGGAGUCGGCAACCGUGUCGGAUGGUGAGCUGACCGGCGCCGACCUCAAGGACUGCGUGAGCAGCAGCAGCCUGAGCAGCAAUGCCAGCCUCCCCAGCGUGCAGAGCUGCCGGCGGCUGCGGGAGCGCAGGGUCGCCAGCUGGGCCGUGUCCUUCGAGCGGCUGCUGCAGGACCCCCUCGGCGUCCGGUACUUCUCUGACUUCCUGAGGAAGGAGUUCAGCGAGGAGAACAUCCUGUUCUGGCAGGCCUGCGAGUGCUUCAGCCAUGUUCCCGCGCACGACAAGCGGGAGCUCUCCUCCAGGGCCCAGGAGAUUUUCCGCCGGUUCCUGUGCAGCAAGGCGGCCACCCCCGUCAACAUCGACAGCCAGGCCCAGCUGGCCGACGACAUUCUCAGCGCGCCCCACCCGGACAUGUUCAAGGAGCAGCAGCUGCAGAUCUUCAACCUGAUGAAGUUCGACAGUUACACUCGAUUCCUGAAAUCCCAGCUGUACCAGGAGUGCAUCCUGGCAGAAGUGGAGGGCCGCGGCCUCCCCGACGCACAGCAGGUGCCCAGCAGCCCGGCGUCCAAGCACAGCGCCGGCUCCGACCACUCCACCGUGUCCACGCCGAAAAAGCUAAGCGGGAAAUCCAAGUCGGGCCGGUCGCUGAACGAGGAGCUGGGCGCCGACGACAGCGAGAAGAGGCGGAGGGCGGCGUUCUUCUCCUGGUCGCGGACCCGCAGCGCCGGGCGGUCCCAGAAGAAGAAGGACGCCGGCGACCGGCCCCGCGACGCCGCCCAGGCCAACGGAGGCCUGUGCCGCCGGGAGUCCCAGGGCUCCGUGUCCUCCGCGGGGAGCCUGGACCUGCCGGAGGCCUGCAGGACCCUGGCUCCCGAGAGGGACAAGGCCGCCAAGCAGUGCUGCAUCCAGCUCCCGGACGGGACGUCCUGCGCCGUGGCCGUCAGGUCGGGCUUCUCCAUCAAGGAGGUCCUGGCUGGGCUCUGCGAGCAGCACGGCAUCAACGGGGCGGCCGUGGACCUCUUCCUCGUGGGCGGGGACAAGCCCCUGGUGCUGCACCAGGACAGUAGCAUCUUGGAGUCGCGCGACCUGCGUCUGGAGAAGCGCACCCUGUUUCGGCUGGACCUCGUUCCGAUUAACCGGUCAGUGGGACUGAAGGCCAAGCCCACGAAGCCGGUCACGGAGGUGCUGCGGCCUGUCGUGGCCAAGUACGGCCUGGACCUGGGCAGUCUGCUCGUGAGGCUGAGUGGAGAGAAGGAGCCCCUGGACCUCGGCGCCCCCAUCUCGAGCCUGGAUGGACAGCGGGUCAUCUUGGAGGAGCGGGGCCCUUCCCGGGGGAGAGCAUCCACAGAGAGACAGAGAGGUGUAGCAGUCAAACCGAACGUGGCUGUAGCUUCCGGAUCCAGGAGUCACUCGGCUACGGGAGAGGAGCGAGCGCUAGGCAAGUCUAAUUCUAUUAAAAUAAAAGGAGACAAUGGAAAAGGUGCUAGGGAUCCCCGGCUUUCAAAGAGAGAAGAAUCUAUUGCAAAGAUUGGGAAAAAAAAAUAUCAGAAAAUUAAUUUGGACGAAGCGGAGGAGUUUUUUGAGCUCAUUUCCAAGGCGCAGAGCAGCAGAGCAGAGGACCAGCGUGGGCUGCUGAGGAAGGAGGACCUGGUGCUGCCGGAGUUCCUGCGCCUGCCCCUGCGCUCCCCGGAGAAGGCGUCCCCGCUCAGCGAGGCGGGGGGCUCGGCCCGCGACUCCAGCGGCAGCCCCGCCACCAGCUCUGGCUCCGCCCACAGCCCCCCCGGGCCUCCUGGGACCACCCCGCCUGGGCCGAGGCCUCCCGGGCCCUUCUGCGCGCCCCUGCCCCCUGCCCCCCACGCACAGGAGGGGGCCACGCACAUCUGGAAGAGGCAGUCGCCGGAAGUGGAGGCCACGGCCAUCCAGACUGUGGAAGACGACCACCUGGCUGAGCUGACCCUGGUGGGGGAGGGCGACAUCGGCAGCCCCAACAGCACGCUGCUGCCGCCACCCCCCAGCCCCCAGGACACCCCCGGACCACCGCAACCAGGUACCUCCACGUUCUGACCCUGCCCCAGCACAGGCGCGGCCGCCGCGGGGGCGGCUCCUGGGCUGCUUGCGCCGCCUUCCCCUCUUCUGGAAGGAGGGGCUGGGGAGCAGCGGCGUCCAAGCCUGCACACGCGAUGCCGCGCUCCGUGGCUCCUGCAGCUUUGCGCCACCUGCCUGUCCCGAGGGGCUCAGGGCCGGGCCGCGAGCAGACCCGUGGCGGGUCCUGGAGUGAGCGGUCCGGAGUGGCCCGCGGGCAUCUCUGGUGGGAGCCCGAGCUUUCCGUGGGAGCUGGGGGUGCGGCCUGGGCCGGGGCAUAGAACUGAGCGAGGCCCCCGGCGCAGCCAGCAGGGACAACGUCCCCGGAGCCCCGCUGCCAGCACCUCUCUGGUGUUUCCGGGGCCGGGCCGUGGUGCACUCCACUCAGAUCUGCCCGUCGCUGUGGGCGCCAAGGACGCCCCCCGCUGCACUCCCGGGGCGGGGACGGCCCGUCUGCAUGUCCGCGUGUGUACCUCCCUGGGCCCCGGAGCCCGCGGCCCCACGCAUGUGUCCAGGCCAAUAAACACGAGACCUG